AUGGCGCGUCGCAAAGCAAACAAGGGAAAGAAGCCCAUGAAGCUGACAGCUCCUAUAGCUAUUAGCGACGAUGAGAUGUCCGACGCCGGCGGCGAAAUCGCCAUCCCCCUCAAGGAGAAGCGCGCAAAGAGCCGAUCCGCGGAAUACCGAGACGAUGUCAGCGAAGCUAAGAGCGAAGAAGACAUUCCCAUCAUCUCCGGCGACUUGAACGGCAAUGCUACCAAGCCUGCCAAGGCAGCUAAGGCAGCCUCUGUCGUGGCCGACGAGGAGGACGAGGAAGGCGACGAAGACGAUGAUUUGGAGGCUGAUGAAUACGUUGUCGAGAAGAUUCUUGACCAUCUGGCUUCCGAAGACGGCACCGUGAACUUCCGGGUCAAGUGGGAAGGUUAUUCUAAGAAAUCAGACCAGACUUGGGAGCCGGAAGACAGCCUGAAGGAAGGCGCAUCAGAGAUCUUGGAAGAAUACCUUCAGAAGCUCGGUGGACGCGAGGCGCUGUUUGAGGAGAAGACCAAGGCCAAGGCCACGAAGAAGCGCGGCCGCCCCAGUGCUUCGUCAUCUACACCACCGGCGAGCAGCAAGAGAGGCAAGCGCAAUGGUCACCCCGCCGAAUCUACUCCUCCUGCCUCAGCAAAGGAGGCUAAGGCCAAGGCCUGGACACUGCCCAGCGGCAGCUGGGAGGAUGAUGUCGAGUCGAUCGAUGCCUGCGAGGACGAAGAGUCAGGCUCCAUCAUUAUCUAUCUCAAUUGGCGAAACGGCCAGAAGACUAAGCAUCCCAAGGAGGUGGUGUAUAAGAGAUGUCCCCAAAAGAUGCUGCAAUUCUACGAAAAGCACAUUCGCAUCAUCAAGGCGGGACCUGACGCCGAUCUUCCGGACCUUGAUACCGCGCCCGAGGCCAAGAUGUAGGACACGAAAAAAAAGGUGCAAUUUGUGGAUUAUUUGGGCAAAGGAUUGGCGUUUGGGCUCGUGAUACAUCUGAUAUCAUUAGCAGGUUCUGGAGCAUCGUUGGCUUGGCUUCUGCUCGUUGCGAUAUUUGCACGCUUUCAGUCCUCGGAAGAAGUCUCAUCAGGCCAUACCUAAAAUCAGGUCGAAGGCGACUCGGACUGAGGGGGGCUUGCUAUAUCCUUAUUGUGACUGAAUUAGCGGGAGGAUGUGUGCUUCACGGUUCUGCUUCGUAACUUCGGGAGAAAAGAAAACCGCAAGUUCCUUUAUCGAUUCCAAUUGCUCCAGCCCACGCGUGAGAUUGCCCCUUGUUGUAGAGGAGGGUGAACAUCCUACGUCUCCAUCAUGUAAACGCAGCCUGGGCGGGCAGGAACUUCUCGGCCUUCAUAUAUUACGACAGAGGUUUUCCUUGUUGGUUCACGUCAAGCAAAAACGUGGUCUCAGAGUCGUG